AUGCAUGAUCUUGCAUGCUUUGUUGCUGGGACUGAGUGCUGCAUUGCAGGUCUAGAAGCAGAAAAUGUAGAUGAAAGAACUCGCCAUGUGUUUUUUGAAGAUGAAGCUGAUGCUUCUUGGAAAAUUCCAACCACUUUGCUCAAAGCAAAUAGACUAAGGACGUUAUCUCUUCCGGAUGGCAUCUUGAAUCAAUCCAUUUGCAAUGCACUUAUUUCUAAUUUUAGGUACCUACGCUCUUUGAAUUUGAGUUACUCAGGUAUUGAGAGGUUACCACAUUCCAUAGGCAAAUUGAAACAUUUAAGGGGUCUUUACCUUGUUGGAAAUGAAAAUAUUAAAAAACUGCCUAGUUCUUUGUGUAGGCUACAGAAUUUGCAAACAUUACGUCUUUCUGGUAGCUCCGAUCUUGAAAAAUUGCCGAGGAAAACAAGAAUGUUAGUUAGCCUCAGAUAUCUAUAUAUUGAUGGUUGUGAUAGUUUGGCUCACAUGCCACGUGGACUGGGGCAACUAACUUGUCUGCGAACGUUAAAUGAGUUUAUUGUGGGAAAGAGAGGCAAGGAUGUUGGUGAGUUAAGGGAAUUGACAGGACUGAACAACCUCAAAGGAAAAAUACGUAUUUCUUCUUUAAAAAAUGCUAUUCCAGAGCCUGGAUCUUCUUACUUGAAAGAAAAAUUGAAUUUGAAACACUUGAAAUUGAGCUGGAGUGAUGAUGAUGAGGAGGAUGAUGAUGCAAGUAAUGAGAAGUCUGAAUUGGUUUUUGAACGCCUCCAACCACACCCAAAUCUUAAGAAGCUUAAGCUCUCUUCCCUCAAAUUUCUUAGGCUUUCAGGAUUAAAAGCUUUGGAGAAUGUUUCAGAGAUUGAAAAGCAAAAGGAGUUGUCUUCUUCAAAAUCAACAAAAUUUUUUCCAUCUUUAGAGGAACUCGAACUCAUGAAUUGCCCAAAUCUUAAGGGAUGUUGGAGGGAUGAUGUUGAUGAAGCUUCAAAUGCACAGCUGGCUUGCUUUCCUUGCCUUUCAGAUUUAAGAAUAGAAAGCUGCCCUAUUAAUCUAAUAUCUAUGCCGCUGUAUCCUUCAGUCACAAAGCUGUAUUUGAAAAGAAGCAGCUGGAAGCAACUCCAACAGACAUUGAAGUUGAAGAUGACAACAUCAGAAGAACCAUCAUCUUCUUCGUCUUCUUCACUUUUCCCUCCUUUCUCCAAAUUGACAGAAUUGAGGCUUGAAGAGAUGGAAGAUCUGGAUUCUCUGCGAGAGGAGUUUCUGCAAAACCAAACUUCUCUUCAGUCUCUGUCUGUUGAGAGAUGCAGUAACUUGACAUCAAUGCCAAAAGGGAUGCGCUUUCUCACCUCUUUACAAGAAUUGAGUAUUUGGGGAUGUCCCCAGCUAUGGGAAAGAUGCCAAAGGGAUAUUGGUGUGGACUGGCCAAAUAUUGCUCACAUUGGAAAUAUUAGGAUUGAUGGACGUCUGAUUUGA